GCGUAAUUUUAAUGUAAUAGUGUUUGCAACAUCUCUCAAAGCGUAAAUAAAAAUAGACGACAGAGAUGAGAUUUUUUUUUAUCGAUAGAUAGAUAUUUCGAAAUAGCUGAUACGUUGGGUCGAUUUUCUAGAAUUCGCUUGAAAAAUGUCGAAAAUAUUUACACCGACGAAUCAAAUAAGACUGACGAACGUUGCUGUCGUUCGCAUGAAAAAGGGUGGCAAGCGAUUCGAAAUUGCCUGUUACAAGAAUAAAGUAAUAUCCUGGAGAAAUAAAUUGGAGAAAGACAUCGACGAAGUACUACAAACGCACACAAUAUUCACUAAUGUAUCAAAGGGUCAGGUGGCAAAGAAGGAAGAUCUCGUAAAAGCUUUUGGUAUCGACGAUCAGACUGAAAUAUGUAAACAGAUUCUUGCAAAAGGCGAACUUCAAGUUUCCGAUAAAGAAAGGCAUUUAGCAUUAGACUCCAUGUUCAAAGAUAUUGCCACGACCGUCGCCAGCAAGUGCAUAAAUCCAGAAACUAAACAUCCAUAUCCAGUUUCUAUGAUCGAGAACGCCAUGCGAGAAGAAAUACAUUUUUCCGUCAAACCUAAUCGAAAUGCCAAACAACAGGCGCUGGAUGUCAUAUCGCAAUUAAAAGAAGUGAUGCCUCUGGAACGCGCCCAAAUGAGACUCAGGAUUGUUAUUCCAGAAAAAGAAGCGAGAAAAUUAAAGGACAAAAUCGUUAAAUUUAUAACUAAAAUGGAAACAGAGAAAUGGGAAAACGGAUCGUUAACGAUUACUUGCUUAAUCGAUCCAGGUCAAUAUAGAGGAAUAGAUGAAACGGUACGAUCGGAAACAAAGGGUACCGCUUUAUUAGAAUUAGUUAAUUUAAAUGAAGUAAUCGAAGGAGAAGAACUCUUAACAUAAAUAGUAAAGAACAGUAUGGUUGUUAAAA